UUUUCGAGGGAAGUCGGUUUUGCAGUGAGAUAACGUUAGUUUUUUCCCAGACCUCCCUGAUGUUUUAACUAUACUCCUUUAUGUGGCUAUUUUAUCAGGAGUUUUUAUUAGAAUAGGGAGCUUUUUCUGCAGGGAAAAAAAAAACCACUGAUCGAGUUCCCAAGGCCAGAGAAGGAUGAGUCUAAAGAAGGACAGAUCUCGCGUCGAGGCACACACGGACGUCGUCCCUCGACGGAAGGCAGACUCCAGAGUCUUAUCGUAGACUUAAAAGAGCAGACAUUAACGUUCACUAACUUCACCGCUACAGCUGUUUAUUUACAACAAACGUCACUGCGAUCUGAAGGUGUACGGAUUCAGUAUGAAUUUCCACGCCAGAAGAGUCACGCUGCCUGCUAUCACGCCUCUCUGCCUGCCGAAAAGGGUAAUAAAAGUGUACAGUGAAGACAACACCAGUCGUGCAGUGGAGGUGCCCAGUGACAUCACCGCCCGGGACAUAUGCCAGCUGUUCAUCCUGAAGAACCACUGCAUUGAUGACCACAGCUGGACCCUGUUUGAGCAGAUCCCACAUCUUAGUAUCGAGCGAACCAUAGAAGACCAUGAGUCGGUUAUGGAGGUUCAGUCCGGCUGGGGAAUGGACUCACACUGCUGUCUGUACUUCAGGAAGAAUUAUGCCAAAUACGAGUUCUUCAAGAAGCCUCUUGACUUUUUCCCAGAGCACAUGGUGUCUAUAUCCAGUGAAACCAAUGGAAUCAUGAACCAUUCACAGCUUAUACAGACCUUUCUCAGCUCCAGCUCUUGUCCUGAGAUUCACGGUUUCCUUCACGCCAAAGAGCACGGCAGGAAGUCCUGGAAGAAGUUCUACUUUGUGUUGAGAAGAUCAGGACUCUACUUCUCCAACAAGGGCACAUCGAAGGAACCCAGACACUUGCAGUUCAUUGCAGAGUUCAGUGACAGUGACGUCUACACGUUAUUAUCUGGCAAAAAAGUUUACGGCGCCCCGACAGACUACGGCUUCUGUGUGAAGGCCAGCAAGUUGAAUUCUGCACGUGAUCUGAAACUGCUCUGUGCGGAUGAUGAGCAAACCAGGACGUGUUGGGUUACAGCCAUGCGCCUCUUCAAGUACGGCAUGCAGCUUUACCAGAACUUCAUCCAGCCCCAUCAGAAGCAGAAGAGUUCUCCAAUGAGGAGCAUCUCGGAGAACUCACUGGUGGCCAUGGACUUCUCAGGACACAAGAGUCGGGUGAUCGAGAACCCGUCCGAGGCGCUGUCGGUGGCUGUGGAGGAGGGUCUGUCGUGGAGGAGGAAAAGCUGCCACAGGCUGAGCUCUCAUGGGAGUCCGUCCACCUCUCAGAGCUCCAUGUCCAGCAUAGCUAUCCAUGUGGCUCAGCCGUGGUUUCACAGCAAACUGUCCCGGGACGAGGCUCAGAAACUAAUCACUCAGCAGGGCCUCAUCGAUGGGGUGUUUCUGGUAAGGGACAGUCAAAGUAACCCGAGGACGUUUGUUCUGUCGCUGUGCCAUACACAGAAAAUCAAACACUUUCAGAUUUUACCGGUUGAAGAGAACGGCGAGCUCUUCUACAGUCUGGACGACGGACACACGCGCUUCACUGACCUGCUGCAACUAGUGGAGUUUUACCAGCUGAACAGAGGCGUCCUGCCCUGCAAGCUCAAACAUCACUGUGCCCGCAUCACCCUCUGAACCGCAGCUUGUGCCUUGGACAGGAAAGUCUGAACUCUGAGACUGUGAUGAGGACGAGAUCACUAAACAGACUGGACUUCUGAGGACCCUGAUAUUCAGCGAGGGAUGACCUGUGGUCUGUGGUGCACAAAUGUAUGUGGGAAUGUAUAACGUACUCUGUCCUGAUACAAACACUCUCAGUGUGGAUGAGACCACAUUAUUAAGCUAUCAAUCAAAACUAAGGUUUAACGGCAGACCAGCUGGGUCUCUGUAUGGUGUGAGCAAACUGAAGCCGGGUGCACAUGCUACGAUUUUUCAUUUUGCCAUCUAAGACUAAUCUUGGGUAAAAGACGACUUCCAGCUCAAAUCUGGGUACAUUUUUUUUUUUUUUUUCAGCAAAUGUUUUAAUCAUAUUAAUAAUUAUUAUUAUUGUUAUUAGUAGUAUUGUUAUUAUUAUGACAUUUUUAUUUUUAUGUAAAAUUAUAUAACUUCCUUUCUGCAUGAAUAGGGUACAAAAUACUGUACAACCUUGAUUUUUUUUUCUCAGUUUAUGAUACUACUACUAAUAAUUAUUAUUAUUUUUUUUUUUUUUUCAUUAUUUUUAAUUAUUAAUAUUUAAUUAGUAAAUAAAAAAUAUUUCACUUUUUUUUUUGCCAUUUAAGACAAAUCCUGGGUAAAAAAACAACAACUAAUUUUAGCAUAAAUAGAGUACAAAAUACAGUAUAAUGCUAUUUUUUAAACAAACCUUUUAAAAUAAUAAUAAUAAUUAUUAUUAUUGUUAUUAUUUUGACUUUUUUAAUGUGAAAAUUUUUAUUCUUUAUUAACUAAAAUUACUGAAAUUAUUUUUGCAGUCUAUGACUAAUCUAACCAGUUUAAUAAUAAUAAUAAUAAUAAUAAUAAUAAUAAUAAUAUUUUCAUUUAACAUUUUUUAAUUAAUUAAACAUAUUUCAAUAGUUUUUUUUUUCAUCUAAGACAAAUCUUGGGUAAAAUAUUCCUUUCAGCAGGAAUAGGAUACAAAAUAUAACUCUAUUAUUUAUAAUCAUUAUUAUUAUUAUUAUUGUGGCUUAUAAUAUAAUACAUAUUUAACUGUUAUUAAAUAAAAAAUAAUACAAUUAUUGUUUAAUUAAACUAAUUAAACAGAGAAAAUGUAUUUGUAUGAGUAACUGCAACAAACUGGAACCAAAUUUUAGUUAUUGAUGAAUAAAAUGUUGGUUCCCAAAUUUCUAUAAAAAUACAACUAUUUGUUAUCAUCUGUUUGGCAACAUUAUAACUAUUGUUAUCAGUUAAACAAAGCAUCCAGUCAAGACUCAAGUUUAAGCUCAGAUAUAUAAGAUGUUCAAUCUGACCUGAUGUUUAUUGCACAGUCCGACAGGAAAAAGUCAUACCCCGUGCACUCGGCUUAAAAUGGUAUGGUAUAGCCAUAAUCUGAACACUUAAUAAGCUCAAACUCUUGCUGUUUUCCAGGGGUUCCUUUUUAUUCUUUUAAUCAUGCGUCAGAAAAAUUCAGGUAUUUUAUAAAUGACGUGUUUGUUUGCGAGAAAUGUCCUGUUUGCUGAAGAGAAUCUGUGUCCGUGCAUGCCGUAAAUGACGACCCGUCACCGAUGCACAUAACAUGAACACUUGACAUUAUCCUCUGCUGUAUCAGGCCACGGAAUGUUUCACUUCCUCCCGAUGAUGGCCAAUGACGGUUUACACUCUAGAGCUGCAUGCAUGGGUGAGAGAAAUCACAUCAACACAAAUGACGGAUCAAACGAUUGUUGUACAUUUGAAAUUGAUUUUUCAGGUAAUUCAGGUAAACGGCGUCACGCACCUGGAUUGCAAUAUUUGCAACAGUGAAAUGAUCAAAAGUGAUAAACCUGAUGACACAGAUCCUCAUGUAAAAACUAAUAACCAAUUGAAUAGCCGAUGUAACUGUACAAUAACCAAGCUAUAGAUUCUAUAGAAUAAAUGACUCGAUAAGACGAACAAAUAAACUGUCUAAAUGACCGUCAUGGGCUGCGAUUUCUGUUGUAGAAAUGAACAAUCGGUGUGUUUUUUCUGCGUCCUCUCUGAUCUUUUCUGUGUAUGUUUCUUGUAGAAUGACUUGUAAAAUUAACACGAUAUUCUAAAUUGUUUUACAGCUGUGUAUUAAUAGAAAAAAAAUAAAAUAAAAAAUGGAAAAGCAUUUAAAAAAAGUUUCUGAUGGCCAAGGUCAUAAUUGCACUGUAGUUGGAACACUGGUAACUUGACUUCUGAUCCAGUAUAUGAUAAGAUUUCUUUUUCUCUGACUGUUAGUUUUAUUACUGUUGUUAUUAUUAUUUUCAUAUUUAGCUUUGUUAUUGCUUGUCAUAUUCAUCUGUCUUUUUUUACAGCUGUGUGAAUGCUGGAGUGUACAGUAUGUCUAUCUUCUCAAUUCAUGCUUUUUGUACAGUGCAAUUUCACAAAACGUCAAAAACUGGGUCAUAAGGUUUUUUUAUUUUUAUGAUAAUUUAGUACAUUUUCCCCAAUAAUUCUCAUUACUGUAAUGCAAAAAAAAAUACAAUUAUUAAAAGGUUUUGUUGUGGUAAUCAUCCUUAAAAUGAAUUUUCUUAUGACAAAGAAUAAUUUUUUGUUUUUGUUUUUUCAGUUUGAAGAUAAAAUUUGGCCUUUGCAUGUUAUGUUUCUGGUUGAAUAAAACAUAAUUUCAAUUACACUAGCAGUCAUAUUUCCAGCAUAAAGUAUAUCAAUCAGAUCAUGUCUGUCUGCUCUUCAAUAACUGUGUCUGUUCAUUCACAGUAGAUUUACUUUUCAAUGUUGCUUCUUUGUUUUUGUUUUUUCAGUGCAGCACUGAACUGUUGUUGUUUUUCAUAAUAAUUAUGAAACACAUUUUUGUACUUUUAUUUCCUGUAUGUUUCAUGACACCGACAGCAAAUAAACUUGAAAAACCUUGUUCCAUCCAAAA